AUGCAAUUUAAUGUAGCAGGUACUUCAUUUAGAAGAGAAAUGGAAAUUUGUGGAGCUGGUUAUUUUACUGAGAACGGUAUGAUUGUAAGGGGUCAUGGAGGAAAAAGAAGAAUAAUUGAGGGGUCUGAAGAAGAUUUCAUGAGAAUUGAGAGGAAAAAAAUUAAGAAUAGAGCAUCUGCUGCUAGAUCUCGCGAAAAGAAAGUGGAGAGAACAAAAUAUCUGGAAGAGAAAGUGGAAGAGUUGAGAGAGGAGAAUGCCCAGUUAGAGAGACUAGUCAAACUUCUGCAAAUGGAGGAAGAAGAGGAGAAGGAAAUGCAUGCAAUUGAGGAAACUGCAGAGAAGCUGAAUGGUUUAAGGAGGACAUUAAGCGCUCCCAUGCUUAUCAAUCUCUAA